CAUGCUUUAAUUAUAUAUGCUUGCUUAUGAGAGGCUUUCAUUUUGUUUCAUUGUCUAUUUUGAUUCUUACAUCAGAGAUCAGUUUGGUACAAAAUAUAGCACAGUAUUGCUUUUAAUCAAGUCUGAAGAAAGGUGGUGAACAUGCAAGGAUGCAAACAGAUCAAAGAGUGAUUGACUGAAAAUGAUGUCAUAUACUAUUAAUAACACUGCUUAGUUGAUAUUUUGUGCAUCUCGAAAAGAAUAACAAUGAAGAGAAAGAAAUAUAAUUUCCUUUGUAUAUUAUUGUUGGUAACGAACUCUUCUAAUGAAGUAAAAUGACAGUAAUUAUGGAAACCUUCAUGUUAUUGAGAUUAAUCAGCCAGUAGCAGGAAAUGUGGUAGCAAGUCAUGCUGAAUCAAAUCAUAAUGGCUAAUUAUAUCAGGAUUUUCUAGAUUGAUAUACUGAAGAAAGAAAAAAAAUGUACAAGUCUACUGUUGUGCUGUUAUUGGCACUUAUACUUCAUGCCAAAGGUUUUAAUAUUGAGACACAAAAAAAUGUUUUGACAUUUACAUUGUCUGGUAAUGGCGCUAAUACGUCAUACUUUGGUUAUUCUGUUUCUUUGCAAUAUACUCAAGGCAAGAAUCAGUUAGUUGCAUCUGCUCCUCGUUAUAAUGGCACAGGAAACAGUGAAGGUGCUGUGUUUCAUUGCGAGAUCAAUGAUUUAAAUCGGUGUGAAGAAGUUUCGUUAAAUUCAUCUCGAGGUUACACUGGAGGGGAGAAAGGAUUCAGUUUAAGUCUUUCUGGAUCCACAGAAAGAACUCUUGCAUGCGCACCAUUGUAUCACCGCCUUGGUGGAGCCUAUCAGCGGUUUAAGGGGAUGUGUGCAGUGUUAGACAAGAAUUUGACUGUGCUGCAUGAUAAUAUACCAUGCUUAAGAAGAGGUGAUGAGCAAGGAAGCUAUGGGUUUUGUCAAGCUGGUUUCGAUUCAGCUGCAUCUCGAGUUGGAAAUAUGUUUGUUGUCGGUAUACCUGGGGCUUUUAACUAUAAAGGUGGUGUUUCUAUUUUAUUGGAAGGAAAAAAUUUUGUUACUGGCAAUCCAGAAGAAGAGGCUGUUAGUACCCUAAUGGGUUAUUCUGUAACUUGGGGAAAUUUUUCAGGAAAUCGCCAUGGAGACAUUGCAACUGGUGCUCCCAGGGCUGACACGUUAAAGGGCAAGGUCUUUGUUAUGUCUGUAAAAGCAGAUUUGACGUUUGUAACGCGACUUGAGAUAUCACAAGCCACUGCUGAUGGACAGAUGGGAUCAUUUUUUGGUGCAGCUGUGUGUGCUGUUGAUUUGAACAACGAUGGAAAAGACGAUCUUUUGGUUGGCGCACCCUUAUAUUCCAAAAACCAAAAUGAAGGAAGAGUGUAUGUCUACAUGAAUAAUGCUGUACCAUUUAGUGGAUUUGAUCGACAAAAUGUGUUAGAUGGUGAUUCGACAUUGAAUGCACAAUUUGGAAUGACAAUUGUUAAUCUUGGCGAUAUGAAUGAUGACAAGUUUUCAGAUGUAGCAAUUGGUGCACCAUUUGGUGGACCUGAUGGGAAUGGUAUUGUUUAUCUUUAUAAUGGUGGCAGAAAUGGAAUAAGAACUCAAUACACUCAGAUCAUUCGAUCCCCUGAAGCUGGCCGAAUUGGACCAGGCUUUGGAUAUGCUGUAUCCACAGGUUUUGAUGUUGAUAAUAAUCAAUAUCCAGAUAUUGCUAUUGGAUCUUACUCAAUUGGAGCUGUAUAUGUCUUCAGAACACGUGCAGUUGUUAGUUUAUCUGAUAAUUUGGAAACAGACGUCGAAGCAGUGCCACAAGAAGAAGCCAGCAGCAACUGUGAUGGUCCAGAUGGAAAGAAGUAUUAUUGUAUCAGAUUCUCAGUUAACCUCAGAGACGGGGGUGGGAAGAGUCCCGAAAGUUAUGAAGUCGAAGUUACCAUGCAGUUCGACACUAAGAGAUCAUUUGGAAAUAAACAACGUGCUCUGGUUUUUGAUCCAGUAACAAAUACAUCAACAUCUCUUUGGAAACGCAAUGUAACUAUGAUGCGAGGUCAAGUUAAUCCUGUCCACCAAGACGUUUAUGUAAAAAUUGGAGUUGACGCACAAGGGAUAAGUCCGAUUGAUAUAGCCACAAGUUACAAGAUCUCCUCCAACUGUUCUUCUGGUUUAUGUCCAAUCUUAGACAUUAAUGGCGUAUCAAGUGGAAAUUUGCGGGUGCCAUAUUUGGUUCAGUGUUCGAAUGCUGUUUGUAAAACUGACUUGGCUAUCUUGGAUGCUAAACUCAACGUUGCAGAAAAGCGAAUUGUGUAUGGUGUAACUUCAACAUUCAGUGUUGACAUGUUAGUUGGGAACUUUGGAGAACCUGCAUACCAAGCUAUGAUGAAAAUGAAUUACAGCACAGAUUUUAAAGUCGACAGUGUUACAGUUGAUGGGAAAACGCGUGUGGUGACUGAAAAAGAUGUUGAUGAUCCUGCUGUGAGGGAGUUAUCGUUUAUUGUGUCGAGUCCGUUGAAGAAAGAUGCAAAUUCAUCAGUGAUUGUUACGUUUUCAGUCAACAACGUCCGACCAUCAGUUACUUUAUAUGUAUUCGACAUGUUACUAACCUCACCAUUCGGUGAAGAUAAUAUUACCACAAAUAACAAUUACCAAGUUAGCAUUAAUACACAAAUUGAAACAUGUUUGAAUGUUGUUGGCGAUUUCUCGCCCUUAAAAUUGGAGUACAAUCCCGCUAAACCGAAACCAAAAGUGGGUGCAAAUGUAAGCGACAUCGGACCAGAAGUGAAAUAUACGUUCACUAUUUACAAUAAUGGUUUGCUGGAUGUGGAAAACCUAAUUGUAAAUAUUGAGACUAUGACCAAGACAGAAAAUGUGGAUUUCUUGUACAUCGUUGACCUAACUGCAAAUGGAUUACGUUGUAACGAUAAAGUGAAUGCAGAAAAUUACAAUAUACCUACUAAACAAACUCCUGGCGAAGGUGGGAUAGACGUAGUUCAAAACGAUGUAGCCACUCGAAGGAGACAAAGGAGAUCAAUCGAUGCAUGCGGUACAUCGGAUGCGCCGACCUGCAAGACCGUGCUACCGUGCACUGUCACACGUAUAAAUAAAUUCACAAACACCAAAGUGGUACUAACAGCAAGAAUCAGGGCUGAAAGAACAGGAAAGAUGAAAACAGACCUUGGUGGUUUGGUUGCUAAUGCUUCCAUAGAGUAUGGUGGACCUCAGAAAGAUUUGAAAUAUCCUCGGCCUGUAGAAAGUUGUUUGAUGACGUACUCUGUAACUACUGUUGUACCGCAGAAAUUAUUAUUAUCGACAUCGGAAAAAGUUCAGUGGUGGUGGAUUUUGUUAGCUAUAGUGGCAGCCUUGAUCGCGUUAGCUAUUGUUUGUGCUAUCUUGUACAGGGUUGGCUUCUUCAAACGAAAUCGUGACUUCUCCAAACAGUACGAAGCGGACCAACAUCAAGAACUAGAACAAACUGACACAUUUAAAGGAAUAGACCCCGAGGAUAUAAGUGAAUAACAUGUUUUUGUUGGUAUGUGUGGCCAGUACGACACUCCCGGUAACAAUGGACGACCGUAAAAGUUUGUAAAAAUUUUAUUUAUCUCGUUAAGAUUUUAGCAUAGAAGUAUAAAAUAUGAGGGGCUAGUUUUUGGCUUAUUUUAAUAAUAGUAAUAGAGAAGAGAGGAAAAUUUUGAAUUUCCUUCUAGCAGAUUUCUAAAAAAAACUUUGGGAGAAAUUUUUUGCAGAUGAUCCAGGCGUUUUGAUGAUUUUAUUUCAAAAAAUAAAUUUAUUGACGCUGAAAUUUUGAAGCCAUUUUCAAAUUUUUGUCCUCUUAAAAGAACUAACUAAGCAAAGUGAGGCAGUAACUCUUGUAUUUUUCGACCUUAUUUUUGUAUUUAAAACUUGACUUAUUUCUAAAAAAUGGAAAUACAUUGUUUGUAAUUUUUAACUUUCAAUAUUAGACUGUUUUUAUUUGAUUUCAGAUUUCAUAUUUGUGUAAUUGCAUUGAAGGAAUAUUAACCACAGUGGUCGCUCUUUAUAAAAGCAACACAAAAUCUUUUAUGGGACUCAAUUUUGCUUCAGUUUUGCUUGCAUACUCAACUGUAUACAUACUCUCAAGAAAUAGGCCUAAAAUAAAUUAAACUUGCCAUAAGUUACUAGAUUCGUAUGACUGAUUCGCGAAAGUUAAUUUACGCGAUUUGUAUUUAUCGGACCUCACGAAAAUUAUAAACUUAAGGUACCGACCGAUAAUUUUAAUUACGUUUUUUUCUGAGAAAAGUUUCAGAAAGAGAUACUCCUCGAAAACCAUUUUUGUUGUUGUGAUCCCUACUAACUGUUGACUUUUUGAAGGAUUUCGGCUUAUUGUUGCAUAUAACGGUGCUUAUAAUAGAAAUUGUGUCUUUGUGAAAUAUAUUUAUACAUUGCUCUUUCACUUUCUUUAUAUGUUUGUACAUAUGCUUUUAAAAAAGUCACCUAAAAUGCGUCUUUUAGGAGUGGGAUUUACAAACGAUACUCAUCUCUCGCUUUAGUUUAUAUUCCUUUAUGCCCAUCUGUCACUUAUUUAACAGUGUGUUUAUAUAUCCAAUUCCCUUUUCUUAAACAGAAGUAUAAUUUAUUGUAAUAUUAUGUAAGUUGUGUUGACAUUUUCAAUUAUUAUUGUUUUAUUUUUACAAGCUUUAUAAGAACAUGUUUUGUAAGAAUAUCAGACUUGGAUUUCAGGUUAAAAACAAUAGGUCUGCUGUUUAGAACAAUGGAAAAAUAAGAAUAAUGACCAGCCUGGUUAGAAUUUUGGCAUUCUUAUAAAAAAAGCGUGUAUCUUAUUUUGAAUAUAAAUUUUAUUGUGAUCUA